AUGGUUCUCUUACGUUCAUUGAGCGCUGGUUCGCUAAUGCUCGCUUUUCUGUCUUCACCUGUAGCCGCCACAAGUUACUCCCUGGUUGAGACUUGGCAGGGGAAGAAUUUCCUGGACUAUUUCAACUUCCAUGUCGGAUCCGACCCAACAAACGGCUAUGUCAACUAUCUCGACAAGGAGAGUGCCGAGAGUGCAGGCCUCGUCAAGGUGAUGGACAGCGGCAGUGUAUACCUCGGAGUCGACCAUAAGACCACACUGGACCCAAACGGCAAAGGACGGGAUUCGGUCCGUAUUGGAAGUAAGAAAUACUAUGAUCAGUCGCUAGUCAUUGCGGAUAUUGCCCAUAUGCCGGGCAGUGUUUGUGGAACAUGGCCUGCUUUCUGGUCCGUUGGCAAAAAUUGGCCCGGAGAUGGAGAGAUCGAUAUCAUUGAGGGAGUCAACCUUCAGGAUCAUAACGAGAUUGUCAUGCACACCGCUGGUACAUGCAGCUUGACCGACACGGAUAUGACGGGUGUCGUUAAUGCCACUGGAUGUGGUGAGGACCUGGGAACCGUGGGAUGUGUGAUUGAAGGCCACAAGGGCAGCUAUGGCACAUCCUUCAACGGCCAGGGAGGUGGUGUGUACGCUAUGCAGUGGACCGACGAUUUCCUCAAGAUUUGGUAUUUCCCUCGAAGCGCAAUCCCAGCCUCGAUCACCAGCGGCAAGCCUGACGUGACCGCAUUUGGCACUCCCAUGGCACUGGUGGAGGAAUCAUGCGAUGUCGCAAAUUCCUUCAAGUCUCAAUCCUUCAUAUUCGAUGUGACUUUCUGUGGUGACUGGGCUGGUGGUGUGUUUGGUGACUCCGGUUGCCCUAUGAGCGAUUCCGAUUCCUUCAAAAGCUGCCACAACUUUGUUGCCAACCACCCUGCCCAGUAUGAGCAGUCUUACUGGGAGAUUAAUUCGGUCAAGAUUUAUCAGACUGGUGUAGAGGGAACUGCAGUUGUUUCGUCUCAAUCCUCCGAGUCUGCUGCCCCGGUCACGUCUUCUACUUCUGAGAAUCAUGCUGUCCAGACCCACGCGGUCGCUACCACUACUGCUGCCAAUACUGCUGUGUCUCAGUCUACCGCCGAAAUCUAUGCUACUGCAGUCCACUCGUCGGCUUCGAAUGAAGGAGAAGCUGCUGUCGGAAGCAUCCAGGAACUGAGUCCGACUUCUGCUGCCUCUGCUGCGGUCCCCGAGAACACCGCCACGGCAGAGAUUCAGCAGUCUCCUGCUACCAAGAAGACCCGAACUGUCACUGCCCUUGUUACCUCGACAAAGACCAUCUGUCCUGAAGCCGAGAAAUCUGCUUCUCUUGCUGGUCUUUCUGCCGCAACCCCCGUGGUGUCUACACCUGCUGUGCCAACUGCUGAAAUUCCCGGCAAUAGCCAUCAUGUACAAGCACCUACCUCCACCGCCGCCAUUAAUGCUCAAUCAACUCCGGCAUUGCCCGCCGUCCCAGUCGGUCAAAGUCAAGCUUCCGUUGAAACUGGCGUCUCUGCCCAAACUAGCCCGGUUGCUGCAGCUCACAACGAUGCACCUUCUCCAGCGCCUAUUUACUCUGUUCCCAGUGCUGCUCCAUCAGGUCAUGUCGCUACUGCAAGUUAUAGCGUGGCUCCAUUCGGUACUUCGUGGUUGCAUGCAGAUGGAGCACGCUCCGCAGUGUCAUCCGACAUCGCAUAUCAGUCAUCUACGGCACUCGUCUCUGCACCAACUGGUGUCUCCCCUGAGACUGCCGCGACUUCCUCUGAAAGCUUCGUUUCCAGCGAGUCUACGACUGGAGCCGUGCCUGUCUUCACCGGUGCCGCCCAGAAGCUAUCACUAAGCGCAUCCGCCGUUCUAUGUGCUCUAAUUGCCUUUGCGCUCUAG